GUCGUGAAAGGCGUCGCAACGUGCAGAGCGCUGGUUGACGGCUGGGACUCCAUUUUGUUCGCCGCUUCUCUGCUCACGUCGGUACCGCGGCUCCGAAGCGGCAGGACAGGAUGCGGCCCCUGGACGUCGUCGAGCUGGCGGAGCCGGAGGAGGUGGAGGUGCUGGAGCCCGAGGAGGACUUCGAGCAGUUUCUGCUUCCCGUCAUCAACGAGAUGCGGGAGGACAUCGCGUCCCUCACCCGCGAGCACGGGAGGGCGUCCAUGCGGAACAGGAGCAAGUUGUGGGAGAUGGACAAUAUGCUCAUCCAGAUCAAGACCCAGGUGGAGGCGUCGGAGGAGAGCGCCCUGAACCAUCUGCAGAGCCCAGACGACGGGGUCGAGGGCAGGGGGACGAAGAGGGGCGACAAGGCCGAGGAGAAGGCCAAGGAGGUCGCGAAGAUGGCAGAGAUGCUGGUCGAGCUGGUCCGGCGGAUAGAGAAGAGCGAGUCGUCUUGAGGCGGGAUCGGCGGUUAACAGCCAAUGGAUUCUGGUCAACUGAUGGAGAUUGGCUGACACCCUGGAGAAGCUGUAACCAGAGAGCCUUUGUUUUCUCUUUUUUCCUCUGUCUACGCUCUGUCCUCACUUACACUACGUUUCUGCUAUGGUCUGUGGUUGAUGACCUCAAUGAGUCUUGACUGUUAAAUGUUUUUGUUUGGGGAAGUAACUUUUAUUUGGAAAAUGCUCUCACAUACAGGAAUUAGGGCCUAGAUUGUAAGCUCUUGCAGCAGUCACAUUUGUUCCUGGGCUUUGGUUGUUAUUUCUAAAUUUUGAGGUGCUUUGCUCUUUCUUGUGUGACCUGAUAGCUCCCUGGAACUUUGGGUCUGUGUGUGACACAUGAGACUCAGAGUUGGAAUUCUCCAGCUCUGGAGGUGCUGAAGGAGCUGCAUUCCUAGAAGAAUUCUAGAAGACAUCUCCAUGCAGCACUGCUGAAGAAGGGACCAGACUUCAACUGGAAAUGUGGAUGGGCCUGAUCUGGCUAGGACUGAUGAAUCCGGAGAAGGGAUGGAGGAUAGUAUUGUUUAUAUGCAUAUUUGGGGACUUUAAUUUCUGUGUGAGACCAAAGGAGGAGAAAUGUAUUUUGUUCGAAAUUUAAAUUUUAUGUGAUACAUUAUCUGAUGUAAACUGUCUGAUGAGUUUGUUUGGACAACCUAACUCAGCUUUAUUUGACAUAGAACCUAGAAUAGGAGAUGAGAUCUUGGUAUUCUUUACAAGUCGGUGCAUUUCAGGGAAUUCUGGGCAUAAAAUGAAGGCGAUAUUUGCCAAGGUCCUUUGGGGGCUUGGGGGUGGAAGCGUGGAACUGUCUGCAUUGAACCCUAAAGUGGACAGGGAAGAGGCAUCUUCAAGGUUCAUACGUUGUCCAGCUAUAAGUUCAUUUGAGUAGUAGACCUGACAAGUAUUUGAGGUCAAAACCCUACCAUGUUUAAAAAAAACUUACCAUGUUAAUAAAUGUAUUCAUUUGCUUGAAAAGAUAAAA